AUGGAUCUCGUUCUCGACAUUGCCGACACCUACGCGCUCGACAAGGUCUGGGCCGCGGCCUGGCCUGCCUUGCCACGCUCCAUUGCAAAGGAUUCCUCCGCGUUGGCAUCUCUCGCUUCAGCAUCGUCGUCCAGCAACUUCUCAUCCCUGCUCGGAUUGAAGGACGCCGCAACAUGGGCCGCAUCGUCUAGCACGUCGGCGCUCUCGCCAUCCAACUGGUUCGCCAACACUGUCCUCAAGGAUGCCGUCUCGUCUUCUUUGAGCGGCGGCAACGUCGACUGGUCCGCACUGCAAGGCGUCUCGGCGCUACCAAGAGACAACAUCAUCCGACAGACUGUCUCGCUCCUCGUGCUCACCUACGUUGGCAUCCUGGUCCUCUACUUCACAUUUGCCGGUCUUUCCUACAAGUACAUUUUCAACAAGGAGAUGGAGAAGCACCCACGUUUCAUCAAGAACCAAGUGCGACUCGAGAUCGAGUCGUCCAUGCGCGCCUUCCUCCCGCUCGACUUCCUCACCGUGCCAUGGUUUGUCCUGGAAGUUCGCGGUCACAGCAAGCUCUACGAGAACAUCUCCGACUACGGCUGGGGCUACGCAUUGCUGUCUGUCCCCCUCUUCCUCCUCUUCACCGACUUCCUCAUCUACUGGGUGCACCGCCUCGAGCACCACCCGCGACUCUACAAGCACGUGCACAAGCCGCACCACAAGUGGCUCGUCCCCACCCCCUGGGCUUCGCACGCCUUCCACCCGCUCGACGGCUAUGCUCAGUCUCUGCCCUACCACAUCUUCCCCUUCGUCUUCCCUCUUCACCGCGUCGUUUCGAUCUGUCUCUUCGUGUUUGUCAACCUGUGGUCGAUCUUGAUCCACGAUUCCGACAUGAUCUGCAACUCGCCGCUCGAAAAGAUCAUCAACGGUCCCUCGCAUCACACGCUGCACCACCUGUUCUUUACGUGCAACUACGGCCAGUACUUCACGUUCUGUGAUCGGGCCGGUGGAUCGUACCGUGCGCCGAGGAUGGAGGAUGACCCGCUGCUGGCGGUGACCGCGGCGGAGGAGAAGGAGAAGGCGGCCAAGAAGAAGGCCGCUGCCGCUGCGGCCAAGAAGGCCGAAUUGGGUAGCAGCGAGUCCGACGCCUCGAGUUCAGGCGAUGAAGGCGUCGUGAUCAAGAAGGAGUCGAGGAAGAACAAGUAG